AUGGACAACAAUAGUGUUAGAAAUUUCAACGAGAAGGCAAGACAAAGAAUGUUAACAAGGAAGCAAGCGUCAAAUCAACAGAACCAAGAAGACGAUGAGAAUGGAAGCGGAUCUGGAGAACAGAAUGUAGGAGACGGACAACUAGAACAAACAAACAAAACGAUAAACCAAAAGACGGCUGAAGAGGAAUUAGAGGACGAUGAAUUGGGAGGAAAUGAGACAAGGAAUGAGGAACAAACAGGAAGGAAUGGAGAGGUUGGCGGAGGAACAGCAGAGAACAUGAUAAAUAUACCAGGGGAAGACGAUGAGGAAGAGGAAAGCCCUGAGAUACUGCUACGACACAACAAAUGGAUAAAUAAUAUGAGGCUUGCAUUCGAUAGAAACGAGACCGCGAAGUUGACUAUGCUACAAACUCAAUACACGAGAUGGUGUGGAGCACAGCAGACAGCUGAGAGAGACCCGAUGUUUGAUGAGUUCGUGUUCGAAGACAUCAUAGAGAAACCGGGAGAAAACCCAACAAUAGAGUCUCGUGCUGAACCAGUAACAUCCGUGUCAAGAACUAAGACGAAGAUAGCGAGCAGGAUGCAACCACAUCUGGCAUCUACGUCAAACCUAAAUGAAAAUAUUAAUCAAAAUAAGAGUCAACCCUAUUAUGCUCCUUAUAAUAAACACCAAAACCAAAAUAGGAAGAAUGGAGGUGGUUAUGGAGAUGGUGGGAAUGCUUACGCGUAUGGAAAUAAUGGUUAUGGAAAUCAGAACAAUCAGAUUAAUAGUGGAUGGGGGAGUGGAGGUAGUAGCCAGACCUUUCAUCGUGGAAAUGGAGGUCAGGGUAGAGGUAACGGGAGUGGUAGUGCAGCCUGGAGACCACGUCCAGGAAUCGGUCCAGGGAGUUUUGAUUGA